AUGGUCGCAGCUAGUUCUUCUAGCAGUAAGGAUGACUUGUCCUUAGGUGCCGAUCAAGAAGAGGCACCUGCACUGACUUGCGAUGCUGCCUCUUGCUGUGCGGUUUCACAGCGCAGAGGCAGUGUGCCUUCACAACGGAAUCAAUUCACCUGCAAGUACGAGUCCGGUGAUGGCAACCAGAACCGGCAAAUUAAUGGCUCGGUGACAACGCACACCGGCGGCUCUAUUCUGUUUGCUUCAUAUGCGAAACGGAUGGGUAGUUCUCUUGGACGUGAGCAGAGCCCAGUGGAGCUGUUUGUAGAGACGCACAUGUGGAGUGAAGAUCGCCAAAAGGGGGUGCAACAAGAGCAGCAAGGACUGAUACAGUUUUUAACAGCACUUCGCAGUGAUUUCGAAGGACUUAGAGGUUCAAUUCUGCAUCGUUCUCCACUGCCUUCUGUUGACUCUGUUGUUAGUGAGUUAUUGGCUGAAGAAAUACGCCUUCAGUCUUAUUCUGAAAAGGGAAUUCUUUCUGCUUCAAAUCCUUCAGUAUUAGCAGUGCCUUCUAAGCCAUUCUCUAAUCAUCAGAAUAAGCCUUACACAAGGGUUGGUUUCGAUGAGUGCAGUUUCUGUAAGCAGAAAGGUCAUUGGAAGGCUCAGUGUCCUAAGUUGAGACAGCAGAAUCAAGCUUGGAAGUCUGGCAAUCCGUCACAAUCUAAUGCUCAUAGACCACCUCAGGGUUAUAAACCACAACAUCAUAAUAUUGCAGCAGUAGCUUCCCCAGGCUCUAUUACCGAUCCUAAUAUUUUGGCUGAGCAAUUUCAAAAGUUUCUCUCCUUGCAGCCACAAGUAAUGUCCGCUUCUUCUUCCAUAGGUCAGUUGCCUCAUAGUUCCUCAGGAUCUGCAGUCUCAGAAGCUGAUUGGGACAGGCCAUAGGGAGAAUGGACUUUAUAUUUUGGAUGAGUUAAAAGUAUCAGUUGCUGCUGCUGCCGCUGCUACUACUACCGUUGAUUUGUCUUCCUUUCGUUUGAGCCUUUCAUCUUCUAGUUUUUAUUUAUGGCAUUCACGUUUAGGUCAUGUUUCGUCUUCUCAUUUGAAAUUUUUGGCAUCCACAGGAGCUUUAGGAAAUUUGAAAACUUGUGACAUUUCUGAUUGUAGUGGAUGUAAAUUGGCAAAAUUUUCCGCCUUACCUUUUAAUCGAAGUAUUUCUGUUUCUUCUUCACCA